CAUAAAUAACUAAACCAAUUCCAUAAAUCAAAUUGAGAGUCUUAAUUUUUCCAAAAUGGCAUUAGAAGUCCUAGAAGCACUAGAUUCAGCUCGAACACAAUGGUACCAUGUAACAGCCAUAGUAAUAGCUGGCAUGGGAUUUUUCACAGAUGCUUAUGAUCUUUUUUGUAUCUCAACCGUUUCAAAACUCUUAGGACGAUUAUAUUACUUUGAUCCAAGCACAAAUAAACCAGGGAAGCUACCACCAAACCUUAACAACGCGGUCACCGGUGUCGCACUCGUCGGAACACUUACCGGACAAUUAGUCUUCGGCUGGCUCGGAGAUAAACUAGGACGGAAGAAAGUUUAUGGUAUCACACUUAUUCUCAUGGUUGUAUGUGCCAUUUGCUCUGGCCUUUCAAUGGGUUCAUCAGCAAAAUCUGUUUUUGGAACCCUUUGUUUUUUCAGAUUCUGGCUUGGAUUCGGUAUUGGAGGAGACUACCCUUUAUCUGCAACAAUCAUGUCAGAAUACGCCAACAAAAGGACACGUGGCGCUUUCAUAGCAGCAGUUUUCGCCAUGCAAGGUGUAGGUAUCAUCUUCGCCGGAAUGGUUUCAAUGCUAUUUUCAGCCAUAUUCAAAUCAUAUUACGACGCUCCAACUUUCUCUUCAAACCCAAUUUUAUCAACACAACCCGAAGGUGAUUUACUAUGGCGAUUGGUUCUCAUGGUUGGUGCUAUUCCAGCUAUGUUAACUUACUAUUGGAGAAUGAAAAUGCCUGAAACAGGUCGUUACACUGCAAUCGUUGAAGGAAACGCCAAACAAGCCGCUGCUGACAUGGCAAGAGUGUUAGACAUUGAAAUCAUAGCUGAACAAGAUAAGUUGGCUGAUUUUAAAGCAGCAAAUGAUUACUCUCUUUGGUCCCAAGAGUUUUUUAACCGUCACGGACGUCAUUUAAUUGGUACUAUGAGUUGUUGGUUUUUACUUGACAUCGCUUUCUACAGUCAGAAUUUAACACAAAAAGAUAUUUUCCCUGCUAUGGGACUUAUUGAUAAAGAUGUUGACAUGAAUGCUAUUGGUGAAGUUUUACAAACUUCACGUGCGAUGUUUAUUAUCGCUUUGUUUGGUACUUUCCCUGGUUAUUGGUUCACCGUUUUCUUCAUUGAAAAAAUUGGACGUUACAAGAUUCAACUUGUUGGUUUCUUCAUGAUGUCUUUCUUCAUGUUUGUUAUUGGUGUUAAAUAUGAAUACUUGAAAGACGAAAACAAAAACUUAUUUGCUCUUCUUUACGGGUUAACAUUUUUCUUCGCGAAUUUCGGACCUAAUAGUACGACGUUCGUGUUGCCGGCUGAGUUGUUUCCGACACGUGUGAGGUCCACGUGUCAUGCUCUUAGUGCUGCGGCGGGGAAGGCUGGUGCUAUGGUUGGUGCUUUUGGGAUACAAUAUUAUACUUUGGAUGGUAGUCCAAAGAAGAUUAAACGGACAAUGAUGAUUCUGGCUGUGACUAAUAUGAUAGGAUUCUUUUGCUCCUUUUUGGUUACGGAAACUAAGGGAAGAUCUUUGGAAGAGAUUUCGGGUGAGGAUGGGAGAGAGAGUGAUAUCACAGCAACACCCAAUGAUAGGGUUUUAGAGACUCAUCAUGAAUCAAGAACUGAGAAGAUGUGAUCAUUUUCAAUACUAGUAUAUAUAUUGAUAAUAAAAAUAAUGGGGCCAAAAUCAAUGCGUUUUGGUGGGUUGUCAUAAGAUCAAGCAUAUAUAUAUAUAUAUUAAGUGAUCUUUAAUUUGUUGUGUCUUAAACAACAGCCUUGUUGUAAUGAUUAUUUUUUUAAUGAAAUUUAGUAUUUUAUUGGUGAA